AUGACAGCCAAGUUAAAUUUUCUGAAAACCAACAUGAGUGGCACUAGUGAAGAUGAUUUGUUAAAGGACAGAGAAGAGUAUCAAGAUGUAUUGAACUAUUUGAAACAGGACCAAUUCAAUGAGGUGUUGAGUCCUUUAGAUGGUGAAGGUCGAGAAUUUUGGGUCCAGGCAAUAACCAAUCCAAAUGAUGGUGAAUUGAUUAAAUUAGAUAUUGGGAAUGGUGAAUUUAAAGAGUUUAAUAAAAAACAAGCUAUUGAGUUUUUAGAGAAAAAAGUUAAAGAGUUGGAAUUGAAGUUGAAAUAG